GCGGGGCCAUGGGAGCCGCGGGGCGCCCCGGGUCGGGCCCGAUGAGAAUGCCGCGCCGCCGGUAAGGCGGGCUCCGGCGUGCAGCCCCGCGGCGCAGGUGAGCCGGCCGCGCCAUGGUGGACUCCGUGGGCUUCGCCGAGGCGUGGAGGGCGCAGUUCCCGGACUCGGAGCCGCCGCGCAUGGAGCUGCGCUCGGUGGGUGACAUCGAGCAGGAGCUGGAGCGCUGCAAGGCCUCCAUUAGGCGCUUGGAGCAGGAGGUGAACCAGGAACGCUUCCGCAUGAUCUACCUGCAGACGCUGCUGGCCAAGGAGAAGAAGAGCUACGACCGGCAGCGCUGGGGCUUCCGCCGCGCCGCGCAGCCCCCGGACGGUGCCGCCGAGCCGCGAGCGGCCGCCCCACGCCCGCCGCCCGCUCCCGCCGAUGGCGCAGAGCCGGCGCCCGUCGAGGAGUCCGAGGCGCGGCCGGACGGAGAGGGGUCUCCGGGUAAGGCACGGCCGGCGUCCGCCCGCAGGCCAGCGGCUGCUGCCCCGGCGGACCGGGACGACCGAGGACCCCCCACCAGCGUGGCGGCGCUCAGAUCCAACUUCGAGAAGAUCCGCAAGGGACCUGCCCAGCCCGGCUCUGCCGACGCCGAGAAGCCCUUCUACGUGAACGUCGAGUUCCACCACGAGCGCGGCCUGGUGAAGGUCAACGACAAAGAGGUGUCCGACCGGAUCAGUUCUCUGGGCAGCCAGGCCAUGCAAAUGGAGCGCAAGAAGUCCCAGCAGAGCACCGGGCAGGGUCCCGGGGAAGCGCCCAGACCCCAUUAUCGCGGGCGCUCCUCGGAGAGCAGCUGCGCCCUCGACGGUGACUACGAGGAUGCAGAGUUGAACCCCCGCUUCCUGAAGGACAACCUAAUCAAUGCCAACGGCGGCAACAGGCCCCCUUGGCCGCCCCUGGAGUACCAACCCUACCAGAGCAUCUACGUCGGAGGUAUGAUGAUGGAAGGGGAGGGCAAGGGCCCGCUCCUGCGAAGCCAGAGCACUUCAGAGCAGGAGAAGCGCCUCACCUGGCCCCGCAGGUCCUACUCUCCCCGGAGUUUUGAGGACAGCGGAGGUGGUUACACCCCGGAUUGCAGCUCCAAUGAGAACCUCACCUCCAGCGAGGAGGACUUUUCCUCUGGCCAGUCCAGCCGCGUGUCCCCGAGCCCCACCACCUACCGUAUGUUCCGGGACAAGAGCCGCUCGCCCUCGCAGAAUUCGCAGCAGUCCUUUGACAGCAGCAGCCCCCCGACGCCACAGUGCCAGAAGCGGCACCGGCCGUGCCAGGUUGUGGUGUCUGAGGCUACCAUCGUUGGUGUCCGCAAGACCGGGCAGAUCUGGCCCAGUGAUGGGGACAGCACCUUCCAGGGGGAUGCAGAUUCCUCGUUUGGAACACCACCUGGGUAUGGCUGCGCCGCAGACCAGGCCGAGGAACAGCGCCGGCACCAGGAUGGGCUGCCCUACAUCGACGAUUCACCUUCUUCCUCUCCACACCUCAGCAGCAAAGGCAGGGGCAGCCGUGAUGCUCUGGCUUCGGGAGCCCUGGAGCCCACCAAAGGGAGUGAACUGGAUUUGGAAAAGGGCUUGGAGAUGAGAAAGUGGGUUCUGUCCGGAAUCCUGGCCAGCGAGGAGACGUACCUGAGCCAUCUGGAGGCGCUGCUGCUGCCCAUGAAGCCCCUGAAAGCCGCUGCCACCACCUCCCAGCCAGUGCUGACCAGCCAGCAGAUCGAGACCAUUUUCUUCAAAGUGCCUGAGCUCUAUGAGAUCCACAAGGAGUUCUAUGAUGGGCUGUUCCCCCGUGUGCAGCAGUGGAGCCACCAACAGCGUGUGGGUGACCUCUUCCAGAAGCUGGCCAGCCAGCUGGGUGUGUACCGAGCCUUUGUGGAUAACUACGGGGUGGCCAUGGAAACCGCAGAGAAAUGCUGUCAGGCCAACAGUCAGUUUGCAGAGAUAUCUGAGAACCUGAGAGCCAGGAGCAACAAGGAUGCCAAGGACUCCACCACCAAGAAUUCUUUGGAAAAUCUGCUCUACAAGCCUGUGGACCGGGUGACAAGGAGCACGUUAGUCCUUCACGACUUGCUAAAGCACACUCCAGCCAGCCAUCCCGACCAUUCCCUGCUGCAGGACGCCCUCCGCAUCUCACAGAACUUCCUGUCCAGCAUCAAUGAGGAGAUCACACCCCGUCGGCAGUCCAUGACGGUGAAAAAAGGAGAGCACCGGCAGCUGCUGAAGGACAGCUUCAUGGUGGAGCUGGUAGAGGGGGCCCGCAAGCUGCGCCACAUCUUCCUAUUCACCGACCUGCUCCUUUGCACCAAGCUGAAGAAGCAAAGUGGAGGCAAAACCCAGCAAUAUGACUGUAAAUGGUACAUUCCGCUCACGGACCUCAGCUUCCAGAUGGUGGAUGAAUUGGAGGCAGUACCCAACAUCCCUCUGGUGCCAGAUGAGGAACUGGAUGCCUUGAAGAUCAAAAUCUCCCAAAUCAAGAGUGACAUCCAACGAGAGAAGAGAGCAAACAAGGGCAGCAAGGUCAUGGAGAGGCUGAGAAAGAAGCUGUCAGAGCAAGAGUCGCUGCUGCUGUUAAUGUCCCCCCAGCAUGGCCUUCAGGUACACAGUCGCAAUGGCAAGAGUUACACAUUCCUGAUCUCCUCCGACUAUGAGCGAGCUGAGUGGAGAGAAAGCAUCCGGGAGCAGCAGAAGAAAUGUUUCAAGAGUUUCUCUCUGACGUCGGUGGAGCUGCAAAUGCUGACCAACUCAUGUGUAAAACUUCAGACUGUUCACCACAUUCCACUGACCAUCAACAAAGAGGAUGAUGAGUCUCCUGGGCUCUACGGCUUCCUGAAUGUCAUCGUCCACUCGGCCACCGGGUUUAAACAGAGUUCAAAUCUGUACUGCACCCUGGAGGUGGAUUCCUUUGGGUAUUUUGUGAAUAAAGCAAAGACUCGAGUCUACAGGGACACGACAGAGCCAAACUGGAAUGAGGAGUUUGAGAUAGAGCUGGAAGGCUCCCAGACCCUGCGGAUACUCUGCUAUGAAAAGUGUUACAACAAGAUGAAGAUCCCCAAGGAGGAUGGCGAGAGUGCAGACAAGCUCAUGGGGAAAGGUCAGCUCCAGCUGGACCCCCAAACCCUACAGGACAGAGAGUGGCAACGGACUGUCAUCGACAUGAAUGGGAUUGAAGUGAAACUCUCCGUCAAGUUCACGAGCAGGGAGUUCAGCUUGAAGAGAAUGCCUUCCCGCAAACAGACAGGGGUCUUCGGUGUCAAGAUCGCUGUGGUCACAAAGAGAGAGAGGUCCAAGGUACCUUACAUUGUGCGCCAGUGUGUGGAGGAGAUCGAGCGCCGGGGCAUGGAGGAGGUGGGCAUCUACCGAGUGUCUGGAGUGGCCACAGACAUCCAGGCACUGAAGGCGGCCUUUGACGUCAAUAACAAGGACGUGUCAGUGAUGAUGAGUGAGAUGGACGUGAAUGCCAUUGCUGGCACGCUGAAGCUCUACUUCCGCGAGCUGCCGGAACCCCUCUUCACUGAUGAGUUCUACCCUAACUUCGCAGAGGGCAUUGCUCUUUCAGACCCUGUUGCAAAGGAGAGCUGCAUGCUCAACUUACUGCUGUCCCUCCCAGAAGCCAACCUACUGACGUUCCUUUUCCUUCUGGACCACUUGAAAAGGGUGGCGGAAAAGGAGACGGUGAACAAGAUGUCCCUGCACAACCUCGCCACAGUCUUUGGUCCUACGCUGCUUCGACCCUCAGAGAAGGAAAGCAAGCUCCCUGCUAACCCCAGCCAGCCCAUCACCAUGACUGACAGCUGGUCCCUGGAGGUCAUGUCCCAGGUCCAAGUGUUGCUGUACUUCCUGCAGCUGGAGGCCAUCCCUGCCCCCGACAGCAAGAGACAGAGCGUCCUGUUUUCCACGGAAGUCUAAAGGCCUGGCGUCAGUCGUCUCAUUAAGAGGUCCACAGAAUGACCUGGAAACCUGUGGCAAGAGACUCCAUCCUCGGAGUGGGAAUGGGACCCUUCUUGUGGUGUAAUUUAACCAUUCCCAGGCUCUGGGCCAUCCGCCAAGAGACAAGUACCCAAAGCAAAAGGCCAAAGGGGCCUACACAAAUCAUCCGGGUGUGUCUGCAAGUCCCAGGCUGGCCCCAGACUGUACUCUUUCCUUGUUGCCACCGGAGGGCGCCCCAGGCCAGCCCAUCUGCCAGCCUGCAUACGAGGGAAAGGUGGCAGAGAGUGGUUUUUACGAGAAAUCUAAUUUAUCAGAGUUUAAAAAAAAAAAAAAAAUCUCUACUGGAUCAUUUGUUCCGAUGCACCCUCUCUGGGGAAUAGGGACACCACCAGAUCCCUCACUCUUGUGUCUUGAAUAAACACUGCUGCUGCUUCAUAUUGUGGGGGCCCCAGCCCUGUCCCUGGGUGGGUGGGGAUUGUCUUCACUGCCCCGACUUAGAAGUUCCGCUGUCUGUGUGACAAACGGGGUUUGAGAUGCUGAGUCAACGCGGUGGCGUCUUCACUCCUUGCUGCUUGCUCUGUCUUUCUCCAGGGGUGUCUGUGCAGAAGUAGGUCAGGCUCCUCCUGUCUGCUGAUACUCUUGUUUUAGCUGUUCGUGCACUUCCUCAGGAGGAUGCUCCAUCGCAGCCCAGAAGUGUCCAGGGACCAGACACGGGGUGGGGGGGAAGGAGGCCCCGGCCGGGCACCUUACCAUUCCUUCUGCAGGGAGAGUGGCCGUGCCCACUGAUCUUUACUGCCUGCCUGGCACCACGUCUCCCUUUUGGCUUACAAAGGCUGUGACUUCUCUGGCCUGGCUCUGACGGCUCUCUCGCUCUCUGUCCCCUGUCGUCCCACAUCCACAUCACAUCCUUUCCUCGCUCUCGACUGAGCAGACUUGGUUAACUUUUGUAGGAGUUUCUGCUCCGGAGCAGCAGCUUGCUCUAGCGGCUUGUUUUAAAACUUUGAUCCGAAAUAGCUUUUGAUACUUGAAUAUUUUUAAGUUUUAUACAUAGUUUCUAAUUUUUUUCCUAACGGAUUCAGACACCUAAUGAGAUACUAGAAUGUACACCGUGGACGGGCAGCGUCCCAAGCAGUUUUUUUGUCUUCCUUCAAGAACCAGCUUUCUUUUGGUUAGGAGUCAUUUCUGAUGUCCCUGGAACGUCAGAAACAUGGGAAGGAGGUUAGGCAAGUCAGGCCUGGGGGUGGGAGCAGAUGCCCCAAAGCAGCCUGAAAGCUAGCCCAUCUUCUGCCCUCGCACCCUACAUUCCUUGUACCUGGACGGGAGUCGGGAUCGUCUCUUCCUGACCACCCUCCGUAGUGAAAAGAGAAAGGGGAAGCCGCCACUUACCUUCAAGAAAGAAACCCAGAAAUCCAUGCAUUGUUUUUAAAAUGGUCUUGGAAUCCCACGCUUGGGAGGUUGAGGCAGAAUUGCCCUGAGUUCAAGACCAGCCUCGGCAGCAUAGAGCUGAUCAGGCGGCCAGCCAAGGCUCCAAUGCAGGGCUGUGGUACAAGGGGCUUGGAGUAGACGGGAGAGAAGAGACCAGUAGACUUGAAUGCUGUGCUGCUCCUGCAGAAAGGCAUGACUUGGGGGUGUAGAUUGCUUGUCACGGAGGACUCCCGCACCUGGUCACAUUGGCCACAGCCCCUCCCACGCCUGGAAGGUGGGUGUGUCCGCAAACAGCCUCUGCCAACCCCACAGCACAUGGGGAUUCCCGAGAGGCAGAGUCAUGUAUCCCCUACUGUCUGCUCUUGAACCUGCCCAAGGUGUUGGGCAGGAAACAACAGACCCUGCAGGGUCUCCUCUGUCUGCAUACAGUGUUUGUUUAGUUGGCUUUUUUUUUUUUUUUCUCAGCAGAGCCACCCUUUGGUCUGCCCUGGAGCGUUUCUGGACCCAGUGGGCUCCCCUAGUUUGACUGUCCCUCUCGGUCCCCCUCGGUGGCUCUGACCCUAGGAGGGGACACUGCUGAGGAAAGCCAACCCUAGCUGUCGUUUCUGCCCACUCUGUUGUCUCUUGAUUUGCAUCUGUCACCCUUGAACUGGAAAGCAAUAUAUCAACGUGCCAAUUUGCAUCCCCUUGCCCGGCUCCUCCCUCGGUUCACUUUAUUUAUAUAGGUGUUGUUUGAGGAUGGAAUGAUCACUCUUGUGUUGUGCUCAAAGUGUUCCUCCGCCAUCCAGCCACGGUGGCCGUGGCUGGGGCUGCCUCUGUUACCAUCUCACACCUUGCAGGCCUGUAGGCUGGCAAAGCCAAUGUGGGGCUGGAAAAUACACGGUGGUUCUCCCAGGAGUGGGAUAACCCAGCUUUCCCUCUGCAAAGAGAAUGAUGGCCCGGAGUCCAUCAUGGCUACCCCGCAAGCGUGGCUGCCAGACAAUAAAGGAAGAAGUGAUGCUUUCUUACCUUGGAACCUGGGUCCUGCCUGGGUAUAGCAGGCUUGGCGUCAUGGUGGUAACCUGGUCUCCCUGGUGGGUGGAUGGUCUCUUAGCUGCGAUCUUGCUUUUGAGCUCAGCUGUCUGUACUACUUCUGUGCCGGAAGGACCAUGGACACUCUUAUUAAAGUCUCCUGAGACUA